AUGGGUUACACCGAAAAGGACUGGUUGGCCAUCAACACGAUCCGUGUUCUUGCUGCCGAUGCUACCGCCAAGUCCAACUCUGGCCACCCUGGUGCGCCCAUGGGUAUGGCGCCGGUCGCCCACGUUCUCUUCAGCAAGUUCAUGAAGUUCAACCCCAAGAACCCCAACUGGCUGAACCGUGAUCGAUUCGUCCUCUCCAACGGCCACGGUUGCAUGCUUCAGUAUGCUCUCCUCCACCUGUUUGGCUAUGCCCUCUCCAUGGACGACAUCAAGGCCUUCCGCUCCAUUGACAGCAUCACUCCUGGCCACCCCGAGGCCCACGAUACCCCGGGUAUUGAGGUUACCACUGGUCCCCUCGGCCAGGGUAUCACCAAUGCUGUUGGUCUUGCCAUGGCCCAGGCUCAGACUGCCGCCACCUUCAACAAGGACGGUUUCCCCCUCGUUGACAACUACACAUACUGCUUCCUCGGCGAUGGUUGCUUGAUGGAGGGUGUCUCCAGCGAGGCCUCCUCGCUGGCUGGUCACCUCCAGCUCGGCAACCUGAUUGCCAUCUACGACGACAACCACAUCUCCAUUGACGGUGACACCAACUGCGCCUUCACUGAGGAUGUCGUCAAGCGUUACGAGUCGUACGGCUGGCACGUUGUGACCGUUGGCGAUGGUGACAACGACCUCGACAGCAUUGAGGCCGCCAUCAAGAAGGCCACCGAGGUCAAGGACAAGCCCUCUAUCAUCAAGCUCAAGACCACCAUCGGUUUCGGCUCCACCCAGCAGGGCACCCACGGUGUUCACGGUUCGCCCUUGAAGGCCGACGACAUCAAGCAGCUCAAGGAGAAGUUCGGCUUCAACCCUGAGGAGAGCUUCGCUGUCCCCCAGGAGGUCUACGAUGCCUACAACAAGGUUGCCUCCGCCGGCGCCGCCGCCGAGGAGAAGUGGAACAAGCUGUUCGCAGAGUACGCCUCCAAGUACAAGUCGGAGCAUGACGACCUGGCCCGCCGUCUGAAGGGUGAGCUGCCUGAGGGUUGGGAGAAGGCCCUCCCCGUCUACACCCCCGCCGACGCUGCCGUUGCCUCGCGAAAGCUGUCCGAGACCGUUCUCAACAAGAUCGCGGAUGUCGUUCCUGAGCUCAUUGGCGGUUCCGCCGAUCUGACUGGCUCCAACUUGACCCGGUGGAAGGGCGCUGUCGACUUCCAGCCCCCCUCCACCGGUCUGGGCGACUACUCUGGCCGAUACAUCCGAUACGGUGUCCGUGAGCACGGUAUGGGUGGUAUCAUGAACGGCCUUGCCGCCUACGGUACCCUCAUCCCCUUCGGUGGUACCUUCCUGAACUUUGUGUCGUACGCCGCCGGUGCUGUCCGUCUGUCCGCCCUGUCUCGGGUCCGCGCCAUCUGGGUUGCCACCCACGACUCGAUCGGUCUUGGAGAGGAUGGCCCCACCCACCAGCCUAUCGAGACUCUUGCACACUUCCGUGCUCUCCCCAACUGCAUGGUCUGGCGCCCCGCCGACGGCAACGAGACCAGUGCCGCUUACUACAUCGCUUUGACCUCCAAGCACACCCCCAGCAUCAUGGCUCUGUCCCGACAGAACCUGCCGCAACUCGAGGGUUCCACCAUCGACCGCGCUAUCAAGGGUGGUUACGUAUUGAGCGAGGUUGAGGGUGCCCAGAUCACCCUCGUCUCGACCGGUUCCGAGGUCUGCAUCUGCGUUGAUGCUGCCAAGGAGUUGGCUGAGAAGCACAACAUCAAGGCCCGUAUCGUUUCCAUUCCCUGCUUCGAGGUCUUCGAUGCCCAGAGCAAGGAGUACAGACUCAGCGUUCUCCCCGACGGCAUCCCCUCGCUGUCCGUUGAGGUCAUGAGCACCAUGGGUUGGGAGCGUUACACUCACGAGCAGUUCGGUCUCAACCGAUUCGGUGCCUCCGGUGCCUACAAGGAUAAGUUCGAGUUCACUCCUGAGGGCAUCUCCAAGAGAGCCGUUGCCACCAUUGACUUCUGGAAGUCCGUCCCUAACAUCCGCUCGCCUAUCAACAGAGCUUUCCAGCAGCUCAUCUAA